AUGGCUGAGCUCCCUGCGGAUACCAGCGCCUUGAUGUCAGCAAUACUGGAGGGUAUUUUAUAUGGUUUUUCAAUCCUCCUGUUUAUUGGCACCAUCUGGUUUUUGACAUACAAGCGUCGAAUGCAGGACGUCAAUCGCCCAAUCGCUGUGGUGGCCGUCCUGCUAUUGUUAGUGAGCACUGUGCACAUGGUCGUGGGCAUCGUUCGUGUCGAAAAUGGGCUGGUGAAGUAUCGCGAUACGUGGCCAGGUGGGCCAGUAGCAUUCUUCGAAGACGUUACAGAAGAGACAUAUGUGAUCAAGCACGGAUUAUACGUUUUCCAAACUGUACUUGCUGAUGCGGUGAUGGUUUAUCGCUGCUAUGUUCUUUGGAAAUCCGUCCGGGUGAUCAUCCUACCAAUUUUGCUGUGGUGUAGCAUCAUAGUGACUGGCGUUCGUGCGGUCUACGGUAAUUCGCAAGCCGCUAGUGAUCCUGGAAACGUCUUCGCCACCGACGUUGAUAAAUGGAUCAUGGCUUUCGUCGUUUCGACUCUUGUAACUAAUUUGGACUACUGGUGUAUCGCUGUCUGGAAGAUUGAACGUCGUGUCUUUAAAUUGCGCACUUCGAAGGGCACUGUGAUGGCAAUUGUACGCGCGCUUGUGGAUGCCGCUGCUUUGUACUCUGUGAUGCUGUUCUCCUUUCUUUUCUGUUUCAUCACCGCGAACAAUGGAGAAUCUGUUUUGUCGGACAUCGUUGUACCUAUCAUAUCGAUCACCUUCUACAUGGUGCUUAUUCGCAUCACGAUCAAUUUUCGACAUCGCCCCUCGACUGCCACUACUAGACGAACAAUUGAGGAGAUGGAACAGGGAAACGUGCGGCAAUAUCCUAUGAUGCCUGUGGAGGUCCACAUAUCCCAAUUUACUCAGGACGACAGCGCCUCAUCUUACAAUGUCGGGAAUAAAGACCGACCAUCAACAGGGAUUGCGCAAAAGAGUUAA